AUGUAUCCAGGUUCGCUCGCCGCAAUCCUGGUUGUCUCGACAAUAAUGAUUGGAACCAUCAUCACCUACGUCGGCUACUCUCUCUACAGUCGUCAUCUGCAGAAAGGCAACCCGCGUGCGCAACGCACUCUGGACAACAUCGAACUCUACAACCUCACGCUGGCGCCCAACUCGAUUCCAUCACGUCCGGUGUCGCGCGCCCCUCGCGUCCCGCCGAAAGCGAAAUCACCCUCUACAGCAUCAACACCCGGACAUUACAGUCUGCGCGAGUCACAACUCUCGCUUGGCGGGAGUUCCGUCUACUCCACCACGCCAGGACGAACAUCGAAUGAAAGCGGCGGUACACUUCGGCGUCACGGGGAACCACCUGCAAGCACUGAGAAGCGUACCGAAUACGGAAAUGACGACGACGAUGAUGCUUGGACUGAUGUGGACAUGUGUAGCCAAAGUGCAGUCACUACUUUCGACUUUGGGUUCGGCGACGAGAGCUUUGAGGGUGAGAAGAGGAGGAGCCGACCGGAGACCGCGCUUAGAGGCCACGGAUUGAGUCUUACGAUGUGA